AUGUCUUCAGUUACCUCCCAACAAUUUUUGAAAGCUAUUGCUGCUCGUCGUUCUAUCUACUCCUUGACGCCAGAGUUACCAGACGGAAUUUCCAUUAAUGACGUCCAAAGCGUUGUUGAAGCCAUCAUCAAGCACACCCCAACCUCCCAUAACAGCCAAGGUAACAGAGCUAUCAUUAUAACUGGCGAAGCCCACAGAAAAAUGUGGUCAUCUGUUGUCGAUGCCAUUGAAGGCGAUACUGGAAAAAAGAGCCCAACUUCUAUUCGGGAUGAGGCUUACGGUUCAAUUGUCUUCUUCAUUGAUGACAAGACUCUAGAGCAAUUGAAGAACAAUUCCCCAGUAUGGGCUAGUGUUUUCCCAUCUCUUGCAGACCAAUCCAGCGGUGCAGCCCAAAUCUCUGCUUGGACUGCUCUUGAAUUGUUGGGUUUCGGUGGUCACUUGCAACAUUACAACGGUUACAUUAAUGCUGCUUUGCCAGAAGGUACCGUUCCAGAAGGAUGGAAGGUCAAGGCUCAAUUAGUUUUCGGUGCUCCCACUGCUCCACCUCGUGAGAAGACCUUCAUUGAAAAUCCGGUUAAGGUUCUAAAAUAG